AUGAGAGAUGUUAGGGGGGAGGGAGUCGGACACAAGCUGGGAACGAGAUGGAGGCGAGCUCAGGGUAGUAGCCUACCUUUUUUGCAAAGUGUUCUUGACGCUGUUGAAGACGACACGACAAACUCAACAGAAACCCGCACCUACAUCGAGCGGUUUCGGGAACGAGCUCACGAAACGCUUAUGCGUGACUACUUUGUUGAAAACCCAAAGUUUGGCACGGUUUGGUUUCGUGAAAGAUUUCGAAUGAGUCAAAGGUUGUUUUUGAAGAUUGUUACUGAUAUUGAGCAACGGUUCGUUUACUUUCAACAGCGUAUAGAUCGGUCGGGGAGAAAGAGUUUAGCUGCCAUACAAAAAUGCACAUCUGCAGUGGAACAGCUCGGAAUGGGCAACCCUCCAGAUAACUUUGAUGACUACUGGUGCAUGGCAGCAAGAACUUCUCGCGAAAGCCUUGAUCAUUUUUGCAGCGCAGUCAUCGAGUUAUAUCGUGACGAGUACUUACGUAGGCCGACUAGUCAUGAUGUUGUCCGGUUGUACGAAGCGCAUGAACGGAGACACAAGAUUCCGGGAAUGCUAGGAAAUCUUGAUUGUACGCAUUUUGUUUGGAGAAAUUGUCCCAAAGCCUUGAAGGGACAAUACAAGAGAGGUGAUCAUCCAUACCCAACAGUUACGCUUGAAGUCGUUGCUUCACACGACUUGUGGAUUUGGCAUGCUUUUUUUGGUCCUCCAGGAUCGCUCAACGAUAUCAAUGUCUUGAUGCAAUCGACUUUGUAUAUGAUGGAGCGAAAUUCGACGGCUCCUGACUCGUCUUUUACCGUAAACGACCGUCGUUAUAAACGGGGAUACUAUCUUACCGAUGGAAUCUAUCCUAGGUAG